AUGAUUUAUUUCUUCCAAAAUGCAGUCUAUCUUGAUGAGAAGCAAGGAUUAAAUGUGAUUGAUGCAGUAAUCAAUGCUUUGAGCGAGGCAGGUUAUGAUAAACAAGGAUCCCAAAAGGUUUAUAUCCAAUCCACUGAUAGCUCUGUACUGCUAAAGUUCAAAGAGAAAACCAGUUAUGAGCUUGUGUACAAGAUUGACGAGACUGUCGGUGAUGCUGAUAAUGCAGCUGUUGAGGAUAUAAAGAAAUUUGCUAGUGCUGUGAUUGUCAACAAGAACUCUGUAUUUUCUAAAAAUAAUGAAUUCCUGACAAGCACUACGAAAACCGUGCCGAAGCUAAACGCUGCCAACCUCUCNGUUUUUGUAGAGACAUUCAGCAAUGAGUUUGUUUCUCAAGCGUGGGAUUUCUUCUCAGAUGCAACUGUUGAGAUAAACUCAUAUCUAAAUGCUGAUGGCCUAAAAAUUGAUGGUAUCAUCACAGACUUCCCUAAAACUGCCGACAGAUACAGAAGGAACAAAUGCUUAAAUUUGGGUGACAAGAGACCUACUUACAUGGCCCCUGUUCAACCAGGUGGUCUUUUUUCUCUCAUUACCACAGAUUUCUUGCCUCCAGCUCAAGCUCCACUCCCACCCUUGACAAAAUCUGAAGUUGCAGUGCCACCUUUGCCUCCUGUUGCUAAAAUAGCCCCAGUUUCAAGCCCCAGAUCUGGAACCCCAGCACCACAAGGAAAUGCACAGCCUAAGGUUGCUGUCUGCUUCUUCUUUUCCUCUCUGGCUGUGUUCAUAGCUUCCCUUCUUCUGCUUUGA